CUGCAGGUCGGCGGGAGCGCGCAUUGGUCCCGGGUGUGACGGGGACGCGCGCUUUAUCUCCGCGCGCCGGAGCGUCCCGGUGCUUCAUUCACCGGGGACCGGCUCGAGUCCGCGUGGAGCUUUUGGGAUGUCUGCUUUUCACACGCGAGCCUUUUGAUGACGUCACGACCGGCUCGCGCGUAAAGCGGCCAAACCGGCGCGAGAGGAAAACUACUGAUGUUUACGCGGUAAAACUACAAAACUACCCAGAGUUCAGUUUGCUGGCGUUUCGCUGCGGCGGACUUCCGGUCGAGGAUGUCCACCAGGUGAGGUGCGUUCAGGUGACGGAUGACAUGAGCCCAGGAUGGCCUUUACGCCCCGGCUCGCGCUGCUCCUGCUCGGCGUCACCUUCAUCCACACGGUUCAUGGAAAGUUUCCUCACUGCCAGUUACAGUGGGAGAUGCAGAGAGCGAGCAGAGAGUGUGGGACGCUGCUGCAGCAGACUGCCGCCAGCACAGGGUGUCUCGGCGAGUGGGACAACGUCUCGUGUUGGCAGAGGGCGGCGGUGGGCGAGGUCAUGACCCUCCCAUGCCCCUCCCCCAUCCUGCGUCUGUUCGGAAAGAACGGUAACCUGAGUAGGAACUGCACGCAGGCCGGCUGGUCCUCCGUCUACCCCCCCAUGGACGAGGCCUGCUGGUCCACCGACCCGGACCAGCCCAACGAGCUAGUCUUCUACCGGGUGGUGAAGAUUCUCUCCACUCUGGGUCACAGCUUGUCCUUCAUUACUCUGCUGACCAGCAGCAGCAUCAUCAGUGUGUUCAGGCGUCUCCGCUGCACCAGGAACUACAUCCACCUCAACCUCUUCCUGUCCUUCAUGCUGCGGGCGGCGGCCGUGUUGACCAAAGACGCCCUGCUGCUGUCUGAGGACCCCACGGCGGACUGCAGUACACAGCCCUCCCUGGUGGGCUGUAAGGCCGUCCUCUUGUUCUUCAACUACUUCGUCAUGGCCAACUUCCUGUGGCUGCUGGUGGAGGCGCUCUACCUCCACCUGCUGCUGCUCAGCACCCACAGGGCCUCCACCCGCAUCGCCGCCUACCUGCUCAUCGGAUGGGGAAUCCCUUUUGUCUUCAUGACGGCGUGGAUCAUAUGUCGGAUCCACCUGGAGGACACCGAGUGUUGGGAGAUGAACGAGAACCCGAUCCCCAGGAGGCUGAUGAACUGGCCCAUCAUGGCGUCCAUCAUCAUCAACUUCCUGUUGUUCGUCAGCAUCAUCCGCAUCCUGGUGCAGAAGCUGCGCUGCACCGACGUGGGAGGCAACGAGCGGUCCCAGUACAGGCGUCUGGCGCGCUCCACCCUGCUGCUCAUCCCUCUCUUCGGGGUGAACUACGUGGCCCUCGUGUCGCUGACGGAGCCGACGGGCCGACACACACAGCGCCUGAAGAUCUUCUGUGAGCUCGGCCUGGGGUCCUUCCAGGGUCUCAUCGUGGCCGUCCUCUACUGUUUCCUGAACAGCGAGGUCCAGAUGGAGCUGAAGCGGGCGUGGAGGGGUUUGUCUCUGGAGCGCUACGGGAGGCGGGACUUCCGGCCGCACGCCGCGUCGGUGAGCCGCAGCGGCCUGGAAGGCUCGGCCCGGUUCCCCCGGAGCUGCCGGGCCCAGUCCAUCCUGCAGACCGAGACCACCGGGCUCUGAGCGGGGGGGCGGGCCUGAUCCUGGACCAGUCCAGGGGGUCCUCGUCUGACUCUGGGACCUUUUAGGCGGAGGACUUCCUGUUGGACGUCUCCGCCUCCAGGAAGCUCCACCAUCACACUAGUUCUGUUGGUUCUGGGUCCAGAAGCCGAUGAGCGGGUCGGUCUGGGCGGCGGCGCCCUCUAGUGGCGAGGCUGCACAUUGAAACAACGUGAACAACGCUUUGUUUGGUCCCUUCCGGGCUUCUGUAGAAACAUUACAAUGACACGACUUUGUUUCAUUAGCUUUUCUUUUUUUAAAGUGUUGGGCUAAGUCCCGCCCCUACUGUUCUGUGAUUGGAGGAACUUAAUGAGAGGACCAGCUCGUUCUUAGCUCCACGAAAAAAGGAAAAAAGUGCGAUGAUUCUUCUUCUUUUGGUCUUUAUACAUUUAAGAAAAUAAGCUUGUUAAAAAUAUAUUCCAUUUCUGUUAAUAGUACCAAAUAUAAAGCUCCGCGCUGGCCCUUUAAAUAUUACCUGCUGACUUGGAAUUAAACAUUCGUUGGUUGUUUCUCGGUCCUUUGACAUUGGAACGUCUUCUACUCCCACUGUGUGUUGUAAUAACCUCGUUAGUUACACGUUGAUGUUCUUUGAUUGUUUUUUACACAUUUGAGUGUUUUAUGGUCGAGGGACGUGAGAAUGUUUUAUGUAUAAAAGCUUUUAUUUUGAAAACU